UUCCUUUCUUUCGUUUUGAAUCAGCGUUUUAGUAGUCUUUUUCGCACAGACAGUUCACAUAUUCAAAUAGUAAGUCUAUUCUACUGUUCUGGCACAGCCUCAACAAUCUCCAUUAUCAAGCUACAAUCACCAAAAAGAAAAAAGCACAACCAAAAUUCCAAAUACAGAGAGUAGACACGACUUAAAUUCAGUUAUUAAACCCAAAAUUAUUUAAAGUAACAGCCGAGACUAGAGAAAAGAAAGCCACCCCUAAACCCAUCACCGUGUCCCUCUGCCGCCCGUCGCCACCGCCGCCGCUCAGUCUACUAUUUCUGGGAGUAUCUGAUUUAUUUUUUAGUUAUUGUUGGAUGUGAAAAGGGUCUGGUUGAAAAGCUAACCAAAAGACAAGACAAGAUGGAGCUAAGAAAAAAGGUCGGCACUGAUUAUUGAUGGCGCCACCAUACUAUUACUGCUUGUCAAGAAAAGCGAAAAUUAGAAAAGGAAGGAAAUUUUGGUAGUGGGUUAAUGGCAUGGUUGAGUAGUAGGAGGAAGGAUUGUUCAAUUGAAAGAACAUCAGUAGCACCAGCAGGACAAGACAACAACAGCGGGGACGUCCUAUUGGGGUUUCUUGGUUACGUAUCUCAAUGAGGAUCCUUCAAUUUUGCGUGCGGUUCAUUUCUCUGCUCUUGGCCUUCAACCUUUUCACCGGUAAUGCAAAGCUCACAGUGAGAGCAUUCACGGGAACUUAUGGAAUCAAUUACGGGAGAAUUGCAGAUAACCUUCCUCCACCAGACGAAGUUGCUAAACUCCUUAGGGCAGCAAAGAUAAAGAAUGUCAGAAUUUAUGAUGCGGAUCAUAGUGUUCUCCAGGGCUUUAGUGGCACUGGACUUGAGUUAAUAAUUGGACUUCCUAAUGACCAUGUGAAGGAAAUGAGUACUAACGUAGAUCAUGCAUUGACUUGGGUCAAAGAUAAUGUGAAGGCAUUUCUUCCUGAUACGCAUAUUGUUGGGAUUGCUGUUGGUAACGAAAUUCUGGGAAAUGGUGCUAAUUCCGAUCUUUGGGGAUCUUUACUGGGUGCAGUUAAAAAUCUCCAUAAUGCAACCCAAAAGUUGGGGAUAGAUGAUAUUGUUCAGAUCUCCACUGCUCAUUUUUCGGGUGUUUUCGACAAUUCAUUCCCUCCUUCCAACUGUACUUUCAAAGAGGGUGUUUCUCAAUAUAUGAAGCCGCUCUUGGACUUUUUUUCUCAAAUCAAGUCCCCUUUUUGUCUAAAUGCUUACCCCUUUCUGGCUUACACCUAUGCCUCGGACAAAAUUGAUGUAAACUAUGCCCUCUUUCAGCCAAAUGAGGGUAUAUACGAUCAGAAAACCAACCUUCAUUAUGAUAAUUUGCUUGAUGCUCAGAUAGAUGCAGCUUAUGCUGCUUUAGAAGAUGCUGGGUAUAAAAAGAUGGAAGUUAUAAUUACAGAGACAGGAUGGGCUUCUCAAGGGGACCAGAAUGAGCCCGCUGCCACACAAAACAAUGCUAGGACAUACAAUUAUAAUUUGCGGAAAAGGCUUGCUAAGAAGAAGGGAACACCUUUGAGGCCAAAAUCUGUGUUGAAAGCAUAUAUUUUUGCGUUGUUUAAUGAAGAUCAAAAGCCUGGUGCAACUUCUGAGAAGAACUAUGGACUAUACAAACCUGACAUGAGCAUUUCAUAUGACAUUGGGUUUCCUGGACUUAAAUCUUCAUCUGCAGUUUCUUUGAAGGAAAUCCAAGGUGGAAGGAGGUUUGGGUCCAAAACGUUGGUAUUAGCAGUCUCAAGUGUAGUCUUUCUUUUGAUUUUGUAAGUGGGUGGAUGAUUGGAAUAAAACUACACCACCAUUUUUUUUUUUUCGGUUGGGGGCCAAUGCUUGAAUUUUCACACCAAAUUAGCAGUAGGAAAAAUCUUUAUACUUGUAGAUUAGCUGCCAUCAAAUGUCACGUUCAGUGCAUUAAAAGAACAUAUUACUUCUUUUUCCUCUUUUUUCUUUC